AUGGAAUCGGAUCAGCCGCCGAAUUUCGGCGAAUCUGAGGCGAAUCCGCACGUCGUUUUGAGGUACGGUGGAUGUCGAGAGACUGUUGGAUUGAUGAGAAAUGAGCAGGUGAGUUAGGGGAGUACUGUAAAAAAAAACUACAGUAACCCGUGGGAUUACUGUAGAUCUAUGCACCUUUAAAUUCUGAACAUUUUGAGACCAAAUUCAACUUGGGUACUGUAGGGUUACUGUAGAAAAUCUGGAGAAAUUUUCUUCUGUAGUUUUUUGGGUUACUGUAGAUAUACAGUAAUCCUAGGAGUACUGUAGAAUGUCUAGUCUAGACUAGAAAAUUCUACGUCAAAAUUUUUUUUUUCGAAAAAAAAUCCCAGAUUAAAAAAUUGUGAUCAUUGGAACAAAAAGUUUGAAUUUUCAAAAUUUUGCCGCCGAAAAUUCGCCACGUGGCAAAAAAAUUUUUUUUUUGGCGCCAAAAAACUUUUUUUUUUUUUUUUUUUUUUUUAAUUUUUUUUGGCGCCAAAAAACUACAGUACUUUUUUGGCCUACCGUAAUCCUCUUUUUUUCAGAUGCUCGAUGUGCUCCUUCAAUUGGCUCGACAAAUUGUGGAAAAACUGGAAAACAGUCUGGAAAAUCGGCAAAUGUACCUGUUUCGACACGACUAUAAUUCACCAACACUUUUACAUCCGCUAACUUCGCCAAGUCAAAUUGUGAGUUACGGGAAGUCGCGCUGAAAUUUUGAGAUUUUUGAGCUGAAAUUCGUGAAUUUUGGACAAUUUUAAGCUGAAAAUCAAGAAUUUUGGACAAUUUUAAGCUAAAAAUCAAGAAUUUUGGACAAUUUUAAGCUAAAAAUCAAGAAUUUUGGACAAUUUUAAGCUAAAAAUCAAGAAUUUUGGACAAUUUUAAGCUGGAAAUCAAGAAUUUUGGACAAUUUUAAGCUGGAAAUCAAGAAUUUUGGACAAUUUCAAGCUGAAAUCUUGAAAAUUUAUGAAAAAUCUGAAAUUUUGACCUGAAAUUCAAGAAUUCUGAACAAUUUUAAGCUAAUUUUUGAUUAAUUUUCAAAAAAUCCUAUGAUUUUAACAUGAGCAAUGCAAAAUUAAGUGUUGAAGAGACGCGUCGCGUGUGCGUAGCGGUUGGAAUACUGUAUGAUCAGAACCCUGUGAUGUUUGGUCUCAAAAAAUCCCAAAUUUCAUGAAAAAUUCAAAUUUUGAGCUCUCGGAGCCCUGAAAAUGCUCCUAGACUUGUGAGGUCUCAAAAAACUCCUCCGAAUUUCUUGCAGAACAACGGCUGCAUCAUCGAAAUCAUCACUGUGGAGCGAGCGGAGCCGGCGCCGGCUCCGCACCUCGUCGAACCCGAAACCUAUAUGCGUCCGACGUUUUGCGAUUUUUGCGGCGAAAUGUUGACCGGUUUCAUCAGGCAGGGUGUGAAGUGCAAAAAUUGUGGGUGAGUGAGAUGACACGUGGCAAAAAUGCCACGUUUUUUGAUAGUAAAUAUGACUGGGUUUGGGGGUACUGUAGACUACAGUACCCCAGAUCAAAAUUAGGAACUUUUUGAUACCAAAUAAGCUCAGGUUACCGUAGAAAAUCCACGUGGCAAAUGAAAUUUUUUCAAAAAAAAAAAAUUAAAUUCCAAAAUGUUUGAUCUACAGUACCCCUAAGCAUGUUUGGUAUCAAAAAAUGCCAAAUUUUCGCGCCAAAAAACCCUACAGUAAUCCGACUUUUUCAGCGGAAACUUCCACAAGCGCUGCAGCAACGCGGCGCGCAACAAUUGCUCUUCCGCACCGUCCGCUUCCGGAUCCUCCGCAGAACCUUUCCAGUCAAGACCUCAGAAUUUGAAUUUUGCCGCGCAAAAUUCCCCACAAACCACCACCACCACCACACAAUUCCCAAUUGCCGCACUAUCGACGCCUUCAGGUGAGUACUGUAGGACCAAAAAACUACAGUAAUCCACAGGGGUACUGUGGUUCUAUGCGUCUUUAAAUUCUGCACAUUUUGAGACCAAAUAUGACGAGUCUACAGUAGUCUACAAUCAAAAUUUGCAGAACUUAAAGGCGCUACAGUACUCUUGAAAAUUGUCUUAAGGGUUACUGUAGUUUUAGUACAGUAAUCCAAAUAAAUUUUUCAUUUUUCAUUUCACGAAUUUUUGAAACGUAUUUUUCCCGCCAAAAUCUACAGUAACCCCCUACAGUAACCCAUGUUGUGUUUGAGCUCAAAAUGUUCGGAAUUUCAAGGCGCAUACAUCUACAGUACUCUUGACAAUAUCCUUAAGGGUUACUGUAGUUUUGGUACAGUAAUCCAAAUUAAUUUUUGAUUUCACAGUCCGAAAAUAAACCGUUAAUCAAUUUUCCAAAUCUCAAUUUUUUAUUUCACAAAUUUUUGAAACGUAUUUUUUCCGCCAAAAUCUACAGUAACCCCCUACAGUAACCCUGUGCAUGUUUGGACUCAAAAUGUUCGGAAUUUCAAGGCGCACACAUCUACAGUACUGUUCCAGGUCUUCCUCACACGCUCAUCGAGCACAGCUAUCGUCAAUUCACCGUGUGCAAAGUUUGCGAUCAUUUAUUGGUGGGAUUGGUGAAGCAGGGGCUGAAGUGUCGUGAUUGUGGCGUGAGUUUUGAGCAUUUUCAGGGCUCCGAGAGCUCAAAAUUUGAAUUUCUCAUGAAAUUUGCGAUUUUUUGACACCCCACAAGCCUAGGUUUGGCUGAAAACCUCUAGAAUUUCAGCGCAAUUUUCAGCCAGAAAAUCCUUUCAGGUAAACGUGCAUCGAAAAUGCGCCAUCGAACUCGCCUCGAAUUGUGUGCUGUCAGAGAACGCGAUAGCUCGUGUGAAUUUCAACGACACUCCGGUUGACGCGUCCGGAAGUCUGGACAACAUUCCGCUUUUCCGGCUGCCCGGACAAGUUGGCGGGACACGUGGCACUGAGAAGAAGAAUUUGGAGGGAUGGAUGAUGCACUUUUUGUUGAGCGAUCCGGAGAGGUUUGUUAGAAUGAGCAAUGCUUAGAAAUUUCAAAAUUUAGAGGUUAACAUGAGCAAUGAUUUUGAGAUACUAGAUUAAUAUGAGCAAUGCUUAGAAAUUUCAAAAUUUAGAGGUUAACAUGAGCAAUGAUUUUGAGAUACUAGAUUAAUAUGAGCAAUGCUUAGAAAUUUCAAAAUUUAGAGGUUAACAUGAGCAAUGAUUUUGAGAUACUAGAUUAAUAUGAGCAAUGCUUAGAAAUUUCAAAAUUUAGAGGUUAACAUGAGCAAUGCCUUUGUGAAGCUAGAAUAAUAUGAGCAAUGCUUUUAGAAAUAUGAUUUUAAGCUGAGCAAUGUCUUCAAGAAGCUUAAUCUGAGCAAUGACUUUCAAAUUAUGAAAUUAACCUGAGCAAUGUCUCCAAUAAGCUUAAUAUGAGCGAUGAUUCAAAAAAAAUUAGUCUGAGCAAUGUAAUCCGAAAAAAAAUCCCUAGGAUAAUUUUGCUUAACAUGAGCAAUAAAACGUCCCAAACAUUGAGCUCAGAAAAGUGUUAACAUGAGCAAUGCUCUGAAAAUCUCUUAACAUGAGCAAUCCCUAUCUUCAGACGUCUCAAACACUACUGGAUGCUGAUGAAUAACGCGAUUCACAUGUACAAUGAAUAUACCGAAGGAAUCGGAGUGAAUCCGAAUCGAGUUUAUCGACAAAUUCCGCUCGCCGAAAUUGUUUCAGUCGUCCAAAAUAAUGGGAAAAGUGUGCUGGCUAAGUGGGUUCCUUUUUUUGGGUUAACAUGAGCAAUGUCACUCUUUCAGACAUCCCCCACAUUGUUUCGAAAUUCGGACCACAAAUAACACGGUGUUUUGUAUAGGCGAAGAUUAUCACGCGUUUUCCGGCGGACCGCCCAAAAAAAUUCCGAGGUCGAUGAGUGUCAGACCCACGUCGAAUACUACUAUGUGGUUUCAGGUUGGUGGCGAGCGCCGGAAGACUCUGCGUCUCUAACUUGCUAGUUAUCUCUAGCUGUCUAGCCUCUAGCUCUCUGCAAGCUCAAAAAAUCAACAUUUUUUUUCAAAAAUUCAAAAAAUUCCUAGACUAGACCCCAUAAAAUCCCCAUUUUCCCAAUUUCCCACACUUUUCUAACUAUAAAACCCCGUGCCUCAAACCUUCUCCUCAAAAAAAAAAUGCAAAUCUUCCGCAAUCUCUUCGCCUUCGCUUCCAUGAUUUUUUUGGCGCAAAAAAUCGAUUGUGCUAAUGUGCUGGCUGGAGCGGCUGAAAUUCAGCAAGCUGAAAUUGCUGAAGCUGGUAAAGAGAUCAAUAAUUUGUAAUGUGAAAAUGAAUAAAGGUUUUGCUUGUGGGGAGAGAGAAGCUAGACAGCUAGAGGAAGUUAGAGACGCAGAGCAGACAGGCAGCUAGAGAUAAUUGGAGAGUUAGAGACGCAGAGAAACCGGAGAGCUAGAGAGCAUGUGAAAAUAAGAAAUAUGAAGCAACGCUGAGUCUCCCACCUUAAGUUAGAGACGCAGACAGCCAGAGAAAACUAGAUAGUUAGAGAGAUAGAGAUAUAUAGAAGGUAGUCAGUUAGAGACGCAGAGUAGACAGGCAGCUAGAUUUAAUUGGAGAGUUAGAGACGCAGAGAAAUCAGACAGCUAGAGAGCAUGUAAAAGCAGGAGAAAAAUCAAUAGUCACGUGUUUUCUGAUGACGUGGCAUUUCAUUUUAUUUUUGUGAUCUCUAGCUGUCGAGCCACUCUGCGUCUCUCAUCUGUCUCUUACAUCCUCUGCGUCUCUAGUUUCUUAUUGCCCUCUAUCCGUCUAGCUCCUCUACGUCUCUCACUACCUCCACUCUCUAUAACUCGAGCGCCUGUGGCGCGAGUGUAGACCGCAAGCUAGCGCAGAGCGCCGGAAGCUUCCGCGUAGCGGCAACGCCAAGUCUCCCACCAUAAGUUAGAGACGCAGAGUAGACAAGCAGCUAGAGAUACUUGAAGCGUUAGAAACGCAGAGAAAUCAGACAGGUAGAGAGCAUGUGAAAGCAGGAGAAAAAUCAAUAGCCACGUGUUUUCUAAUGACGUGGAAUUUGUUUUUAGAAAUGUGAUCUCUAGCUGCCAAGCUCCUCUGGGUCUCUCUUCUUUCUCUUACAUCCUCUGCGUCUCUAGUUUCUUAUUGCCCUCUAGUCGUCUAGCUCCUCUACGUCUCUCACCCUCCUGCCCGCCGUCUGACCUCUCUAACUCGAGCGCCUGUGGCGCGAGUGUAGACCGCAAUCUAGCGCACAGCGCCAGAAGCUUCCGCGUAGCGGCAACGCUGAGUCUCCCACCAUAAGACGCAGACAGCCAGAGAAAACUAGAUAGUUAGAGACGCAGAGACAGCUAGACAACCAGAAACCGCCCCCAAUUUUGUUUUGCAGUUCAUCAAAGAAUCCCUGCAACCACCAUCUCGAACCGAAGACAACACCGAACAAGCGCUCGAAUUCGCCAACUUGUAUCAAGUGCUCAGCGACAAAACCCUGGGCUCCGGACAAUUUGGCACCGUCUACUCCGCAAUCCAACGACAUUCCGGAAAAGAAGUCGCGGUCAAAGUCAUCAGCAAAGAGCGAUUCUCGAAGAAGAGCAGCUCGGCGGAAUCGAUGCGUGCCGAAGUGGCGAUUCUGCAGCAGACAUGUCACCCGGGAAUUGUGCGGCUCGAGUUUAUGUGCGAGACGAAGGACAAGAUUUUUGUGGUGAUGGAGAAGAUGAAUGGCGAUAUGUUGGAGAUGAUUUUGAGUCAGGAGUUGGGCCGGUUGAAUUCGCGGGCCACCAAGUUUUUGUUGGUGCAGAUUUUGUGCGCGUUGAAGUAUUUGCAUGAUCAGGUGAGAGCUUAGACAUCUAGAUUGGUGGGGUUAGAGACGUAGAGGAGAGAGAGAGCUAGAGAUAAGUUGUUAGUGAGAGACGCAGAGAGGGUAGACAGCUAGAGAUAAGAGACGCAGAGAGGGUGUACAGCUAGAGACAAUAAAGUGUUUAGAGAAGCAGACACUCUACUCGAAUCCCAUGGGAAGGUUAGAGACACAGAGGAGCUAGAGAGCUAGAGAAUACUAGAUGGUGAGAGAUGUAGAGAAGAUAGACAGCUAGAGAUAACUAGUUAGUGAGAGACGCAGAGAGGGUAGACAGCUAGAGACAAUAAAUUGAUUAGAGAAGCAGACACUACUCAAAUCCCAUGGGAAGGUUAGAGACGCAGAGGAGCUAGACAGCUACAGACAACUAGAUUUUGAAGGUUAGAGACAAAGAGAUGCUAAACAGCUAAACGGGGAAUAGAGAGGUUAGAGAUGCAGUGUGGAUAAAUGUCUAGAGAGCACUAGAGGCGAAGAGAAACUAGACAGUGUGAGAAGGUUAGAGACGCAGAGAGGCUAGACAGAUAGAGAUAACUAGUUAGUGAGAGAGGGUAGACAGCUAGAGACAAUAAGGUGAUUAGAUAAGCAGGCACUCUACUCAAACUAAAUCGGAAGGUUAGAGACGCAGAGACGCUAGACAGCAGAGGGCAUGGGACAAGAAAGCAGGCUUGCCGCUACGCGGAAGCUUCCGGCGCUCCGCGCAAGCUUGCGAUCACCCCGCAAAAAUCCAAAAUUUAAAUUCAGGGCAUAGCACAUUGCGAUCUGAAACCCGAAAACGUGCUGCUCUCCGACAUGGGCUCCAACUUCCCGCAAACCAAAAUCUGCGAUUUCGGCUACGCGCGUUUCAUUCCCGAAUCGCAAUUCCGCAAAACGGUCGUCGGCACUCCCGCCUAUCUACCGCCCGAGGUCCUGCAACGAAAAGGCUAUAAUAAAUCGCUGGAUAUGUGGUCGGUUGGUGUCAUUAUUUAUGUCACGUUGUCCGGAACUUUUCCGUUUAAUGAGGGUGAAGAGGUUGGUUUUUUCAAAUUUUCCAUAAAUUUUUACGUUUUUUGAUACCUUCCAAGUUCCCCUAACUUCCAAAUAUCAAUUCCAGGUCGCUGAGCAAAUCCAGAAUGCCUCAUUCAUGUUCCCUUCUGAUCCGUGGUCCGAAGUCGAACCGCUGGCUGUGGAUCUCAUCCAACAAUUGCUCAGAGUAGAGGUAAAAAAAAAAAGUUUGCAUGCACUGUGGUUCGAACCCUCGAAGUUGCGCGCAAUAGCAAAACGGCGACGCUAACCGCCUGAGCUACGCGUGGUAUUGAGAAAGCGGGGUGGUUUUUUAUAGAGGAGACAGCGAAAUUUUUUUUUUAAUUUUUUUGGCGGGAAUUUGAAAAUGUUUUCAGAUCGAGGCCCGAAUAUCGAUUGAAAAAUGUUUGGACCACGAAUGGUUGAAAGGCGAACAAUUGUAUCGGGACCUGCGAGACCUCGAAAUUCGCCUCUGCGGACCUCGAUAUCUGACAAGUGAACAAGACGAUCAUAUCUAUGGAAAUCAUGUGUAG